AUAUUAAAAGUAGAAUAUUUGUACCUAGUAAACUAUGGCUGAUGAUUGGACAAUAGAAGAAAGUCAGGUUGUAGUUGGUCCUGAGGUUCAGGAUAUUAAAUUAUUUGGGAAAUGGAGUGCAGAUGAAGUUCAAGUUGGAGAUAUCAGCUUAACAGAUUAUAUUGCUGUCAAAGAGAAGAACUCUGUUUAUCUGCCUCAUACAGCAGGUCGAUAUGCAGCUAAGAGGUUCCGAAAGGCCCAGUGCCCUAUUGUGGAACGUCUUACAAACUCUAUGAUGAUGCAUGGUAGAAACAAUGGCAAGAAGUUGAUGACCAUUAGAAUUGUUCAACACUCGUUUGAGAUUAUUCACCUUCUUACUGGAGAAAAUCCUUUGCAAGUUCUUGUAAAUGCCAUCAUUAACAGUGGUCCUCGUGAGGACUCUACACGUAUUGGAAGAGCUGGUACAGUCCGACGACAAGCUGUUGAUGUGUCUCCAUUGCGUCGUGUUAACCAGGCUAUCUGGUUGUUGUGUACUGGAGCAAGGGAGGCUUCAUUCAGAAAUAUCAAGUCAAUUGCUGAAUGUUUGGCUGAUGAAUUGAUUAAUGCUGCAAAGGGUUCCUCCAAUUCAUAUGCUAUCAAGAAGAAAGAUGAGUUGGAAAGAGUGGCCAAAUCUAACCGUUAAUCUGUUAUACUCCCAGAAAUGUUCAUUAUUAUGACUGAAUAAAAUCAUAUGAACCAAAA